AUGGCAAACAGCCAUUCUAUGGAAAGCGAGUCCAUAUUAGCUGCAAACCUAGAACAAAUUUUUCGCAAUUCCGUUUCUUCCUCUGACGCUUCAUCUUCUCCAGUCGGUUCGUUUCCGACCGAAGGUUUCGCGCCAAUCCGCACUGCUCCAUUGGACUCCCGAGAAAAUCCCUCGUGGCUUAAUUUAGAUGAAGAUGGCAUCGCACGUACUAAAUCUCGCCGACGCAGUCAUGCCUCCGGCCAUGAUACCAAAGGAGAGGAAUGGGCCCAGAUAGAAAGAUUGAUCUCACGGAUGUUCGGCGCUGAGCGCAAAGCGAAUUCUGAAGAAGAGAAAACACGUCAUGUUGGAGUUGUAUGGAGGAACCUCACUGUGAAGGGUGUGGGCCUUGGGGCUGCUCUUCAGCCUACCAAUGGGGAUAUUUUUCUUGGGUUGCCACGGCUCAUCAAGAAACUAUUCACUGGGGGUAGGAAAGGUGCUGGGGCUGGAAAAGCACCGAUACGAACCAUCUUGGAUGAUUUUAAUGGUUGUGUUCGUCCGGGGGAGAUGCUGCUUGUUUUGGGUCGCCCUGGCUCUGGCUGUUCCACUUUCUUGAAAGUGCUGGGAAACCAACGAGCGGGCUACGAAAGCGUUGAAGGCGAUGUGCGGUAUGAUGGCACUGAUUCAGAAACAAUGGCAAAGCAGUAUAGGUCUGAAGUCUUGUACAACCCUGAGGAUGAUCUCCAUUAUGCGACUUUGACUGUGCGAGAUACACUGCUUUUUGCCCUGAAAACCCGAACUCCCGACAAGGCCUCACGCAUUCCAGGAGAAAGCAGAAAGGAAUAUCAGCAGACCUUUUUGACUGCCAUCGCUAAGCUGUUCUGGAUUGAACAUGCUCUAGGAACCAAGGUUGGCAACGAACUUAUCCGAGGAGUUUCUGGAGGUGAGAAGAAACGAACUUCGAUUGCCGAAGCUAUGGUUACAAAGGCUAGCACACAGUGCUGGGACAACUCCACCAAGGGAUUGGACGCUAGUACAGCGCUGGAGUAUGUUCAAAGUUUAAGAAGUCUAACAAACACGGCCAACGUUUCAACGGUGGUAGCUCUCUAUCAAGCCUCAGAGAAUCUAUUUGAUCUUUUUGACAAGGUGAUUCUAAUAGAAGAUGGAAAAUGCUCUUUCUUUGGACCCAGCCAGGAUGCAAAGGCUUAUUUUGAAGGGCUGGGCUUUGUAUGCCCCCCACGCUGGACAACCCCCGAUUUCUUGACUUCUGUCAGUGACCCUCACGCAAGACGUGUCAAAGAUGGCUGGGAGGACCGAAUUCCUCGUAAUGCAGCUGAAUUUCAAGCUGCAUAUCGCAAAAGUGAGACUUACAAAGGCAACUUGGCGGAUAUUGAAAGCUUGGAGGCCGAUGUCGAAGCCCAAAGGCAGGAGAGAGAGGCUGCAAGAAGUAGCAGCAAGCGGAAAAACUACACGAUCUCGUUCUACAAACAGGUCAUGAUUCUGACACAUCGUCAGUUUCUGGUUAUGGUUGGUGACCGAAAGUCAUUAAUUGGAAAGUGGAGUGUGAUAACUUUUCAAGCCCUCAUUGUUGGUAGCUUGUUUUACAAUCUCCCGGAUACCAGCAACGGCGUUUUUACGAGGGGUGGAGUGAUGUUCUUUAUACUGCUUUUCAAUGCAUUGCUUGCUAUGGCAGAGUUAACAGCAGCAUUCGAGAGUCGACCAAUCUUGAUGAAACAUAAAAGCUUUUCGUUCUAUCGCCCUGCGGCAUAUGCGCUUGCCCAGGUUGUGGUUGAUGUGCCUCUUGUGUUCAUACAAGUCGUCCUAUUUGAUCUCAUAGUAUACUUCAUGGCAAACCUUUCACGCACAGCUUCACAGUUUUUUAUAAAUCUACUUUUUAUUUUCAUUCUCACAAUGACGAUGUACUCAUUUUUUCGUGCCCUUGGGGCCCUAUGUGCCUCAUUGGAUGUUGCCACACGUCUCACUGGUGUCGCCAUCCAGGCAUUGAUCGUCUACACAGGUUAUCUUAUUCCUCCGUGGAAAAUGCAUCCAUGGUUAAAGUGGCUCAUUUGGAUCAACCCUGUCCAAUACGCAUUUGAAGCAUUGAUGGCCAAUGAGUUCUAUCAUUUCCAGAUAAAAUGCGAACCUCCCUACAUUGUGCCUGAUGGGCCAAAUGCGGUACCUGGUCACCAAACUUGUGCAAUCCAAGGCAGUGACCCGGACCAGUUGGUUGUUCAUGGCCCCAAGUAUAUCAAAACGGCGUACACUUAUACCAGAGCUCACCUGUGGCGGAACUUUGGCAUCAUCAUUGGAUGGCUCAUCUUUUUCAUCUGUUUGACAAUGCUGGGGAUGGAGUUACAGAGACCUAAUAAGGGUGGAUGCUCGGUCACUGUGUUCAAAAGAAGCGAAGCUCCGAAAGCAGUUCAAGAUGUCAUCAAACGGUCCGGCGCCCGAGAAGACGAGGAGUCCGCGGAGAAAGAUGGCAGAGUCUCCAAUAAAAACGACUCAAGUGAAUCUGGUGAUGAGGUCCAGGCCAUUGCUAAGAACACGGCAAUAUUUACAUGGCAAAACGUCAACUACACCAUUCCAUACAAGGGUGGCCAGAGACAAUUAUUGCAAAACGUUCAAGGGUAUGUCAAGCCUGGUCGGCUGACUGCAUUGAUGGGGGCUUCUGGCGCAGGGAAAACUACAUUGCUCAAUGCCUUAGCACAGCGAAUCAAUUUUGGGGUGGUCACUGGAAACUUCCUGGUUGAUGGAAGGCCUCUACCAAAGAGCUUCCAGAGAGCGACUGGAUUCGCCGAACAGAUGGAUAUUCACGAACCCACCGCUACUGUGCGGGAGUCUCUUCGGUUCUCUGCUCUGUUACGGCAACCAAAAGAAGUCCCAUUACAAGAAAAGUAUGAUUACUGUGAGAAAAUCAUUGACUUACUAGAAAUGCGGUCCAUCGCAGGUGCAACUGUUGGAUCCACGGGCUCGGGCCUCAACCAAGAGCAGCGCAAACGACUUACCAUUGCAGUGGAAUUGGCAAGUAAACCCGAGCUAUUACUUUUUUUGGACGAGCCGACGUCUGGCCUCGAUUCUCUAGCUGCGUUCAACAUUGUACGCUUCCUUCGCCGACUCGCAGAUGCCGGCCAGGCCGUGUUAUGUACAAUCCAUCAGCCUUCUGAUGUGUUGUUUGAAAAUUUUGAUGAUCUCUUGCUGCUGAAAAGCGGCGGAAGGGUUGUUUACAAUGGGCCCCUUGGAAACGACUCUAAGACGCUCAUUGGUUACUUUGAACGAAAUGGAGGGAAGAAAUGCUCACCGCAUGAGAAUCCGGCAGAGUAUAUGUUGGAAGUCAUUGGAGCCGGAAACCCUGAUUACAAGGGGCAGGAUUGGGGCAAUGUGUGGGCCGACUCGCUAGAAUCAAAGCAGCUUUCCGAGGAACUAGAAGGUAUAAUUGCCUCCCGUCGCAAUGGUCAAGAUGACGAGAAGAUCAACGAUGACCGCGAGUACGCAAUGCCACUUUACGUUCAAUUAGUGGCAGUCACCAAGCGCGCAUUCGUGGCUUACUGGAGGGCCCCAGACUACGUGCUUCUGAUCACUACUCAGGGUAAAUUCAUGCUCCACAUAUUCACGGGCCUUUUCAACACCUUCACAUUCUGGCAUCUAGGACACAGCCUCAUAGACAUGCAAUCAAGACUCUUCUCUGCCUUCAUGACAUUAACGAUAGCUCCACCUCUGAUACAGCAACUUCAACCGCGGUAUCUCCAUUUCCGAGGCCUCUAUGAAUCUCGCGAGGCUAACUCCAAGAUCUACUCUUGGGCUGCCUUUGUAACGAGCACGAUUGUCCCAGAACUGCCAUACUCAAUUGUCGCCGGGUCAAUUUACUUUAACUGCUGGUACUGGGGAACCUGGUUUCCGCGCGAUUCAUUUAGUUCCGGCUACGUUUGGAUGUGCCUGAUGCUCUUUGAACUAUACUAUGUUGGACUUGGUCAAUUCAUAGCCGCUCUUGCGCCUAAUGAGCUAUUUGCAAGCUUGCUUGUGCCGACUUUCUUUACCUUCAUUGCCUCCUUCUGCGGUGUUGUUGUCCCUUACGCCGCGAUGCCACAUUUUUGGCAGUCGUGGAUGUAUUGGCUUACGCCUUUCCACUAUCUGCUUGAAGGACUUGUUGGAGCUAUCACGAACAACGUCCCCGUGCGCUGUAUUGACCGCGAAGAAUCCCGCUUUAGCACUCCGGCUGGAAUGACCUGUCAAGACUACGCUAGGUCUUAUGCCGAAAAAGCCGGUGGAUAUGUUCGAGACGUUGGGAAUGGAAUGUGCUCGUUCUGUCAAUACUCGAACGGCGGUCAAUGGGCUAAGAGCUUCAAUGUGUUUUACUCGCACAAGUGGAGAGAUUAUGGGAUCCUCUGGGCAUUCAUCAUCUUCAAUUUUGCUCUUGUUUUUGCCUUCUCCUGGUUGUAUUUGCACGGUGUUCGCAACAUGAAACGCUGGCUCAGUGAGCGUAAGACGAGAAAGGGCAAAGACCAUUCUUGA